AAACUUCUGGAUGUAAAUCUCUGGGUACCUCAUCACUUGAAAUUAAAAGUAUAUGCUUCGGAAUCAAGCCAAACAGUUCAGAAAACCCGUAUAUCGAGGUUGAUGGUCGUCCUGUUCCUUUUGGUAGCCGUCACGAGCGAAUACAACUCGAAAACCCGUCAACACACGCCACUUAUAUUUGCGACGAAAAGCUUGGGACCUUUUCUUGGAAUUCAACAGAGAACGCAAACCAACUUCGCGUCACCUAUGGCUUUGACGUUUUAUAUAUAGAGGCAUUUUGGUGUGACAGUUUCGACGGUCCUAAACGUGCAAAUUUACAUUGUGUCGUCGAAGCCUUCUCUUCCUCGUGUCCUGGUCUCGUCAGUCAUAAUCAUACCUGUGUGUUUGAGGUACAUACUGACCGUUUCUCAAGCGAUACCGUGCGCGAUGCUGUGGAAGUGAAGACGGAGGUUGCAGUGAUGGUACGGAAUCUUGCAGCUUCGUUUGGAGUGUCUCAUUCUAAAGAACGCACAGUUGUGAAAACGUAUUCAGUCAGCAGCCGAAGUUACAUUGUCAUCCCAGCAGGUUUCCGAUUUUGCUCUUUCAGCGAAGUUAUCUCAGAAGAGGAUUAUUUGUCACCAACUGGAUUUAAGUGGCGUUGUAAAUUACCCACGUACGUGCAAACAACCAUGAUCACAGGACGUUGCAGCAUCCACUCGCUAUGUGAGAGCCAGUCGCUAUGCUCAACUGCGACUACUGAUCAACCACGAGCCCGUGCAGCGAAAAAGUCUGCAGAAGCUCAGCCGGUCGCUAUGCUACUUGCCCUGUGUAUGAUC